ACGUCACCCUCCUCACCCCAUCAUAUAUGAUGCCUGCCGGAAAGCAGUCUCAGUUCAACUUCAAUGGAGGACAACCAGAGUUACCUCCACCGCCGUUAAUACUUCUCUGUGUUCCAGUUCUAAUAAUGUCUCUUCUCAUUUUCUUAGCAUUCUCUUCAUCCACGGAUCCGGAUAUCGCUUACGAACAGUUCUAUUAUAUUUGAAUUUUCUCUUUAUUGUGUGGAAAAGCUAGGGAGAGAUGAAUGAUUUUGUAAAUAUGUUUGUUAUUUUUAAUUUGAAGUUUUGUUCCAUUUUCAGUUUUGGUUGCUGGCAAUGAUCUUUGCAGCUUCUUGUUUUUCUUUUUUCUUUUUUUUUUUCUUUAUAAAUUUGAAGAAUAUUG